GACAGACGGGCAUAUUUAUCAUUAUUAUUAUUUGUUGUAGAAUUAGUUGUUCACGUUUGUCAGAACCAUUAUGAAAAUAUAAAAUUGAAUACUUAGUUAAAAAAUUCAUUAUUACUGAAAAUGACGUCGAAAGUAGUUUUGGUUCUUGUGUUAGCGCUUCUGGCUUUUACCGCAGCAGAGAAGCAAGAAACACGUUCAAAAGAAAUCGGAAAUGCAUUAGAUGGCAUCUUCCGAUCAUUCAUACCAGCAGAAAUAUCUUCAAGAAACGCUGAAGAACACCUUCGUCGAAGAUCUGUCGAUUCCCAAAUUGGUAUAGAUAUUAACAACACUGUAGAGAAGCUUGUGGAGGCAGUUAGUGAACUCAUACACAUCAACGUAGAAGUAAUUAAUAAUCCCCAAAAUCGAGAUCUACCUCUCAAAGCUGCCAGAGAUGUUGUCUUCGAGAUUACUUCAAACUUAAAUGAGUUCGUGAAGUUCAUACUCAACUAUUUCCUUAACAGUUUAACACAAAUGAUUGGCCAGCUGAUAUUGUCGCCUGUACGAUCAUUACUGGACUAUCUUUUGGACUUUAUGCUACCAUGUGGUGUCACCUGCACCGUUUUAGCUGAUUGAAUAUUUAUUAUUUAAUGAAAACGUUAUUAAUAUUUUAGGGAUCAUUUUAAACAUGCCAUUAAAAUUUAAAUAAUAAAGUAAUGAUAUCAA